AGACGACUUAUCCUAAUUAUUCAAACCCUUGAAACGUGUAGGUAAUUCUUAGGCUGCUAAGAACGUAGUCAGACUAAGAUCAACUUGACUUAUAAGAAUAAUACCAAAUCCCAUCAAAAUAUUGACCCAACCCCUCCAAAUGAUUAUAUAUAUUUUAGGUAUUCACCCCGUUCUUUGCAUAAUAAGCAUCGCUUAAAGAACAUGGAUACCAUUCAAUUUGCACGCUGUUCUAGCCAUGUAUCCUUGCUACCUGAUAAACACAAAGCAACCUUUAAAAAUAUUUUGAAACAUUUCUGUUUUUCUCAUGAAAUCAGCAAUAAUACAAAAGUGUUAGAUCACAAUAAUAUUUCUGAGAAAAAGAACAUAUAUUUCCACAGAGGAAUGAUAUUAAUCUCUAUGUUAAUCCAAUUAUUGCUCAUUAAUAUUUCUAAGCCUUUAAAGAAAUUUCAGACAUUACUUGAGGAUUUUCUUAAUAACGGAGAUAGCGAUAAAUAUAUGUCUUUUCUUGGACAUUCAGACAUUAGACUAGACCUGGACAAAGAUAUUAAGCUUGAAGAUGCGAGAUAUUAUCCUGCUCUUUCUAUCAUGGCGUCUAAGCUUGCUUAUGAGAAUGAAGCUUUUAUUAAAUCAGCCGUCACCAACCGUUGGGAGAUGGAGUUUGUCGGCUUUUACAAUUUUUACAAUGAAUUUCAACAUAAAUCAACAACACAAGCAUUCAUAUUCCAACAGCAAAAUAUAGACAACGAUAUGAUCAUCGUUACCUUUAGGGGUACUUCAAUGUUUGUCGCGGAUGAUUGGAGCACUGAUUUCGAUUUCUCAUGGAUUAAAAUCGAUGGAAUGGGAAAAGCUCAUAUGGGUUUUAUGAUAGCUUUAGGCCUAACCAAGUUUUCUAAUAAUGAACAUGAUUUACUUGGAGAUUUUAAUGGUUGUUGGCCCAAGGAAAUACAAAAUAACAAAGAAAAACCUCUAGCUUAUUACACAAUUAGAGAAAAACUCAAGGAAAUGUUGGCAAGUAAUAAAAAUGCAAAGUUUAUUGUGACAGGACAUAGUUUAGGAGCUCCACUUGCCAUUCUGUUUCCAUCAAUAUUGGCUUUGCAUGGAGAAAAAGAGUUAUUAGAUAGGUUAGAGGCUGUUUAUACAUAUGGUCAGCCUAGGGUUGGAGAUGAAGAAUUUGGACUGUUUAUGAAAAAUUGUUUGAGAAGACAUGAUAUUAAGUAUUAUAGGAUUGUUUAUGGCUAUGAUAUUGUGCCUAAGCUACCAUUUGAUAAUACUUUGAUGACAUUCAAGCAUUUUGGAAAAAGCAUACACUUUAACAGCCUUUAUCAUGGAAAGAUAGUGGAUGAAGAGAAGCAAAGCGAAUACAACAUAGUCUUAAGAAUUAUGAAACGAGUGAUAGUGACAUUAAUUAACUUUGUUGUCGCAAGACUAAAUGCUGUGUGGGAAGUAAUACGAGGGCUCUUCAUUGGGUAUGUAAAAGGUCCAGAUUAUAGAGAAGGAUGGUUGCUUAUAUUUUUACGAAUUACUGGAAUUUUAGUGCCCUGUUUUAUAAAUCAUUUUCCUCAAGAUUAUGUGAAUUCUACAAGAUUGAUGUCCCAAGAUUUGUUCGUGAACUAUGACGCAUUCACAUGAGAAAUGUCGCGAUACUCCGACACUGUUAAAAAUCAUUUUAAUUGUUACUUAAUUUACCAUCCAUUAAUGUUUAAUAAUUGCUAAAUUUUAUUUAGGUGGGAUGGGUAAAAAAUUCAACCUACGUCCAAAAUUUAAUGAAUUUGAUUGAUGGAUUUUCAAUUAAUGUUAUAUAUAUUUCAUCUUUAGUCAUAUUAUAUAAACACCUAGCAUUAACGUUUGAUAUGAGUGACGUUAUUAUUAUUACAAUUUAAAAAGAAUCAUAGACUAAUUCAAUUCACUAACAAGAGAAUUUAUCCAGAUUUGGGAAAAGAUGAAUGUU